CAGACACCUUGUACCCAAAACAUUUCCAAACUAUGGAGCCAUUUGUCUUCUGCUUGCAUACAAGCUCCUCGGUUUCCGCCGUAGGGGAUUUAAAAAAGUUACGUGAGUGGAAGGGGGGGCCGGUCCGUGUGUGAGCCGGAAGCAGAGUGGGAGAGAUAAGCAGAACAGCAGUUAGUAGUUAACCCUAGGUACCAUUUGAACGGUUGCUGUUGUUUAUGGACGCAUUGAACACGUUACGUUUUCUGUGAACUUUACCAUCAUCUCUGCUCGCACUUUUGCAACAAUAUCGUUGACUUGUUGUCACUACAGCAACUGUUUAAAUUGUAGCUAGCGUUAACUGAUAACUAGCUCUAUUCACGUAAACCAAUCAUGGUCAUUCCCUUUUUGAGUCAUGGUCAUUCCCUUAUUGAGUUAACGUUUCCAUUUAACGUCAGUGUGCCCAAACAAACAGCAUGUUUUUUUAAACAUAAUUCAGUUAAAACUUACCACGAGCGGGAGUGGGUAUGAGGAAAGCAGUCACUCAAAAUGGCGCUGGAGUUCUGUAACAGUAACGGUAGCAGCUAGAAACUGUUCCAAUCAAGUGGCGAGAUAUGUUUUUUGUUACUUGUUUUUAUUUGUUCUCUUACAGGUUACACACAUAACCUAAGAUACAUGUUAAAAAAACAAACAUCACUAUCCAUUGUCCACAGCAUUGUGUUUAAUCAAAAAUAUAAUGAAACCCCUCAUCUUAAUGGUCUCACCUAGCAGUACCCGCCAUUCCUCGUGCGUCCCGCCUUAUCUGUUUUACAACAUUGAUUAAACAUUGAUCUAAUGUUUGCAAUUCAACCAAUAAAUCCCACCAUAAUACUGUUAUGGAACAGAACGUGGGGACCCAAGUGCAUUCUUAUCUGGCCCUGACCGAUUAUGUAGCCCAGGAAGGAGACGGAUGGCACGUGGAAGUCGCACUUCUCCGCCUUGACAUAAAGUCGAUUCUCCAGCAAUCGCUGUAGAACCUUCCGGACGUGAACCCGGUGCUCCUCCACGGAUCUCGAAAAAGAUAAGGAUGUCGUCGAUGUAAACAAACACGGAGCGGUUCAACAUGUCCCGGAGGACAUCGUUGACCAGGGACUGGAAGACAGCGGGGCGUUGGUGAGUCCGAAGGGCAUAACAAGGUACUCGAAGUGGCCCAAAGGUGUGUUGAAAGCGGUCUUCCACUCAUCUCCCUCCCGGAUGCGGACCAAGUGGUAUGCGUUGCGCAGAUCAAGCUUGGUGAAGACCACGGCUCCGUGGAGGGGAACGAAGGCGGAACUAAAGAGGUGACUGGGCGGACCGCAAACACUGGGACAGGCAGUGUGUACUCCAGGACAUUACACAACCUGUUCCCCAAUUGAUCUGAGGGUUGUGGGUCUUAAACCAGGGGUAACCCAAAACGACCGGGGAGAAGGGGCUGUUAAUCACCAGAAGAGAGAUGGACUCGUGGUGGUUCCCUGAAACGAGUAGGUUUACAGGAACGGUAUAGUGCUCCACCCGCGUGAGUGUCCUCCCGUCUAGCGCUUGGGAGUUCAAGCGGAACCGUGUCGAUCUUUAAUGGAUGAACGAACUCCCGAUCAAUAAAACUGCCACAGGAGGACAGCUUCCAGGAGGGGACGGGAGACCGAGGGGUUACGGGAGCGGCUCGCCAGGAUCCCUCGGGUUACUGGCAAGCCCGUUCUUCUCCCGAAAGCGAGGGGCAGCCUGACCACAGUAAAGACAGGAACCGGAGCGCAUACGGCGUUCCCUCUCAUCGGGGAGAGAUGCGUGUGUCCGAUUUGCAUGGGCUCGGGAGAGAGUCCCCGCUCGCGGCGGAGUGGAGCGAAAGACGAAGGAGAGGGCCGAGGUGUUGCAGAUGGCUCGACGUGUACGUGGAGACUGGGCGUGAACCUCUCUCUCUGCGGCGUUCGUGCAAACGAUUGUCAAACCGAAUGGAGAGAGCGAUCAACUCAUCCAGAUCUGCGGAUUCCUCCCGAGAAGUCAGCUGGUCCUUGAUGUCAUCGGAAAGCGCACUUAGAAAAAAAACCUGCAGGCCUUCCUCGUUCCAGCCGCUCUCAGCCGCGAGGGUGCGGAACUCAACCGCGAAGGAGGCGACGCUGCGGGAUCCCUGGCGAAGACGCUGAGAGGCCUCCUUUCCCCGGACCGGGUGAUCGAAAAACCUUCCGCAUCUCCUCGGUGAAGGCGGAAUAGUUAAAACUCACAGCGGAACCACGUUCCCACACGGCUGCCGCCCAGGCGAGCGCCUCGCCUCACAAGGAACCAAUCGGGUAGGCGAUCCGUGAUUUAUCGAUGGGGUAGGUCUGGGGCUGUAGUUCGAAAACCAAGGAGCACUGAAGGAGGAAGGACCGACAGGAUCCCAGGUCUCCUUCGUAGCGUUCUGGAGCUGGAAUGAAUGGCUCCCGGGAAGAUUUUCCACAGUGAAAUAACAUCUGCCGCUAUCUGGGUCAUAUGCUACCACCACAAGUUCAACAAAGUUAUCUCUGAGGGGCAGGGCCAAAUCUCUGGGCCUAGCCUACAUAUCCCUUCAAAUGAAAUGCUACCUUUUGUCAAUAUGUGGGUUUCAGUCACGUGAUUAUGAUGACGUGCGAAAGGGGCGUAAUUUCAAAUGGAGGUCAGGAAGUAAAAAUGGCGAUUACGCCUAUGGAGGAAACCGUUACACAGAGUCCGUAUUGUAAGGAUUUAGAGCCCGUUUCUAGACAAAGAUACAAACAAUUAAUUAGUAAAUAUGUUUGCCGUGAUCCGUAUCUUAUAAAGAAGAGUGAGUUUUCGGUAGAACCUAAGGAUUUGCCGACAAUCGAGGCUGUGGACAUCACUAACUAUCUGGUCCUUCAGACAUCGUUCUAUACAGUACAGCAGAUAAAAGCCUAUAAAAGUAUGAAGGCAUACAAUUUUGUUGUUUUUGGAUUGUCUGUGCCAGUAUCAUUUAGGAUCGUUCACUACUUUAACGGCACCGACAAUCCGAAAACCUUUUUGGUUUUUGGAUUUUUGUUAUGUACGAUCAAAAACAUUUUAUGUACGAUCAAAAAACCCGGCCCCAUUAUUUCCCAUAGACCUUUGACCGAGGAAACAGGGACUUAUUCUUCAGAGGUCUAUUGUUAUGAGUGUGUCUUCGUGAGUUCUGCCUGUUUUGAAGAUUGGAAGAUGUUUAUUGAAAAGAUUAAAUAACAUUGAGAAAACAGAUUAAUACAUGGUGGUUUAUUCACAAGAUUACUUUUUUUUUUUUUUUUUAAGUAUAGCAUUUAAAUAUUUUUCCUCCUCUCCCCCUCCUUACUCCAAUGGGACGACAGUUCCCGAAAGAUUAGACAAGACACAACAAAUUACCCCAAUCAAUUCAAAUUGUCAAUCAAUGCUCCUCGCCUAAUAGUGCCUCGCCUGGUUUUGUUGCCAGGUUCUAUAUGGCCAUAGCCCUGCUUUGCAGAAUCUGAUAUUUUCUUGACUAAUCCUAUGACUCUCUAGCCUGGCGAUGUCAUACUCAUAAUUCUAGUCAGAAUAUGAGUGUGAGACCGAACCAUUGGGCUGUGAUUAUAGGGCGGAACCAGGAAGGAAAAUGCCUCUUUGCUCAAUUGGAUAGACCUAAAACCAAUCAGAGCAACGUAGUAUGUGACGUAUGUUGUGCGACGCACAGCUAUUCUCAAGAAAAGAAGAAAUUCAUCCAGAUGGACAUAAACGAUUUAUGCCGGUUUUGCAAAAAAAAAUUAAGGAUACACGGACAAAUUGGCAACACGGUCAUCAUUUUUGAGACAAAAAGUAAAAGUACAUGCACGUACGAACAAGUACUCCGUUUAGGCUUUCAACUCCAAAACACAUCAAACAAAUCGUAUCGCAUGUGUCGGCCAUGUACAAACUUAAUAACACGUUUGGAACGCGACAUGUCCGUGUUUAAGAAGUGGACAGACGACGAAGGAGCCCAGGCUGAAGAAGCGUGUUCAUCUGAGGCACCAGAGAAAAGAGACCGGGAGCCAACUCCCUCCAAGACGCCCAGGGCUCUGAAGAAGUUCUGCCCCAAUCCGUUAACACCAACCGUUACAAAAACGCAAAAAAGCCUUACAGAGGUAAGCUUGUUGUUGAUACAUUUCUACUUCUUAUGAUAUGACUAUGGCUAUAACCUCGAUUGCCAAGUUUUUCAUGUGUGUAAAGUGAGUCGUGUUUAUUGUCCAAUGUGAUAAACACGUAUGCAAUCCCACACUCCUCAUUUCAGUGUAAUUUACCUAUGAUUAAAACGUAGUGUGAAUUUGAGUCAGGCCAGGUGUAGUAUUAGCAAAUGUUACCAGGAUGAACUUGCACCCGAUGAUGUGUGUGUGGUCUCUUUCACUUUAUCAAGAUGUGAGAACUUCAUUUUGUAAUGGAUAUAAUUGUAUAGUGGUCAAAAGUGUGUCCCAACCCCCACUUCUGUGCUCUGCACCUCUGUGGGGGUUGGGCAGUAUUCCACUGACCUUGCUCUGCAAUUGCAUCUGGGGUCACCAUAUUUAAGUCUGUAUAUUCCUAUUUAUUGCCAAUGCACAUUAUACUUAAUAGGCUAUACUGUAAUUAUCCACACUGAUACAUUAUCUUAUAUUUCAGGUUGUCACCCAUUACCCUUCACAGACUGUUGCCAAGGUAUGUUGUCCAGAAGAAGCCUCAAUAGUGAACAGCAUUAAUAAGAAGAAAUGGACAACAGCUGCAAAGUUAAUGUUGAAAUCAAGGUGCACAUCCUGGAGCUAAUAACCAACGAAUGCAAACGCAUUUCUAAUCCGACCAACGGUUUCAUCCUGUGGAAGUCAUCUCCAGAUGAUCUGAAAGCCUUUUCAUUUACAAGCUUAGAGACAGACCUUAAAGGUUUUUCACCAUUCCUCUUCUCAGUUCUAACAACUGUCAGCAACCACUCUCAAGCUGCAACUUGUGCAGCAGCUUCCAUUGCCUUGAGAGGGAGACAACCACGCCUGUCAGCCUUUGCAUACUACCUAGGUAGUAUUUUGCAUUAUGGCGGGGCAAAAAAAGCUGUGUUUGAAAGGCUGAACAAAAUGGCAAUAACAACUACUCACCACAAUUCUAUAGAGAAGCAGAAGGAGUUGGCGCUCCUAUGUGGGGGCUCUCUAAAAAUGUUAAAGGUACAGAAUGAAGAUUUUCUGAACUCUGAAGCGGAAGGGAACUUUGUUGGUCAGAGAGUGGACACCAGCGAAGACCAAAGAACAAGUGAUCCGAAGGGGCCACUAAACCCAGUUGGUGAACACAUGGAUGAGCUUCUCAUGUCAGGAGAUGAAAUGGCUCAAAGCGUACUGCCUUUCAGCAGUUUAAGUAACUCUGAAGCAGCAGAGCUGGGCUUGAGCUCCUCCACUUUUCCAAUCACACACCCCACUCCUCCACCAACAUAUUCUAUUAUAUUUGACAAUUUGGACUUUUUCAUGCGUGUACAUCAUCAGUCCAGCCACCACAACAACAAAUCCAUACACUGGAUUCACCAUAUUGCAGUCAAAGAUAGGAUCUGUUCUGUCAGUUGUAGCGUGCUGCGGGUGCUGGACUGGAUGCCUGGACUCUCCUCAUGGAUAACCGGCCAGAACCCCAUCACCAUUUUAAUAUGAUGUACAUGUAUUUACCUGUAUGCCAAUUGUGGCACCCAUUGCACUCCUGACCAUCCCUGGAAGAAGGGAUCCCCUACACUGCGUUUCUUCCUUGCUGAUUCAAGGGAGUUUUUUCUUGCCCGUGUGGGGGCAUGGGUAAAGGGGGGUGUCACAAAUAUUUGGCCUGUUAAGCCCUUUGAGACUGUAAUGGUGAUUAAGGGCUAUACAAAUAAAAUUGAAUUGAAUUGAUCCAAACACAUCACCUUGACAAUGCCAAACCAGACCAUGACAUCCGUCAAUACUACCUUGGCAACUCACUCCCCGGACUAGAAACCCAGGAUUACAUGCGGCGUGAGUUUAUUGUUCUUGGGAGCCGUAUCCUUACGCAGUACCUGGCUGUUUUUAAACCAUUCAAGCCAUUAGUGGUUCACCACAUACCACAUCAGUAUACAGAUGACAUGGCUAUGCGCUCCACAGAUGUAAGUUAUGAGUUAAAUCUGCAACAAAAAAAAAACUAAAUACACAUACUUUGAACUCAAACAUUACUGCAAUGUCAUCUUUUUUCUUAAUUCUCAAAGUACCCUCUGGGACUACUCUUCAAAAAUGAAAACAAAACGUCUGAUUUGGUGGACACACUUCGCCACCUUCAGAAAGAGUAAGUAUAUAAUCAGGCUCCACUGUCAGUCUUCGGCAGAAGAAGGGCUUUAAUAAAAUGUAUAAUUCCACCAUUUGUGUGUUAUCCAUUUAGGUAUGUGCCCAAGGGACCGGACGGGUUGUCAAGUGUUUAAGUAGGAGGUGACCGGCUGGCUGAGGGGAACUGCAGAAACAUACAGUGGGCCUUCUCAGAUGGUGCUACAAAGGAAGACCGACUGGAAGGUCGGUUUGAGGACUGGCAUGCCAUCAGAAACCUCUUUGAAGUGAGUAAGAAACUAUAGAAAAAUGUUGAUUAGUAACAAAAUCACACCACUACUUUAGAUUUUUUUUUUUAGAUAACUUCAAGUGCUUGUGUGUAAAGUUGUGUUAAUCCUUUGCUAAUCACAAGUCUUCGAUGUUGAUAAAGAUCUAUCAUCGGAUUUUCUAUGAUGGUGCAUCCUCAAAAGACCAUGGCACACUUCUUGCCAACAUGACGAGGUUGAGGUACAACGUCUGCUAUCUGCAACACCAUGAUUACAUACUGUACAAUUAUUAGUUUUUAAGCUUUUAUUUGCAUUCUAAACAAAGCUGUUGUUAAUUACAAUGAUUAUAAUAACAUUUUGUUGGCCAUGCUUUCCACAGUUGUUUCACAAAAAUCCAGUUAACAUGAAUUAACUGGAUAGUUCAUGAAUUGGGUUGU